AAACGGUCAAAUACUGGUCUGAAUGCCGAAUCGGAUCUCCACGGAAAACAGAAGUUGCUGUCCCAGAGUCACUAAAUGGAGGAACGCUUUGCCUUUCUGGCUGAGUGGUAUGACCCCACUGCUGCCCUACUCCGCCGCUACCAGCUGCUGUUUUACCCCAAAGACAGCUCUGUGGAGAUGUUUGAUAUGAAGAACCAGCGCACCUUUUUAAGACGGACGAGGUACGAGGGGCUUCUGCAGGACGAUCUCUUCGUGGGCAGCCGGGUGAACAUUUUCUCCCGCCAGCUCAACCUGGUUGGGUACGGGGAUCAGUACACUGCUAGCAAGCUGGGCAGCAAGAAAGAAAGAACUCUCGCUAUGAUAAAGCCAGAUGCUGUGACCAAGAUGGGGGAGAUCACCCAGAUGAUUUAUGAUGCAAACCUGAUCAUAACCAAAGCCAAGAUGACAAAGUUGUCAUGGAAACAGGCGGCGGACUUUUACUCGGAACAUCAGUCAAAGUCUUUCUUCAAUAAUCUCAUACAGUUUGUGACCUCCGGCCCUGUCGUUGCCAUGGAGGUCAUGGGUGAUGAGGCAGUGUCGACCUGGCGGAAGAUCCUGGGCCCGACAGAUUCGGGUUUGGCUCGCAAAGAUGCCAGGCAAAGCCUACGGGCCCAAUUUGGCACGGACGGUACUAAAAACGCAGCACAUGGGUCGGACUCACUGGCGUCGGCAGCACGGGAGCUGGAGUUUUUCUUCCCAUCCACCACGGGUCAUGGCCCCUCCAACACAGCGACGUACACAGACUGCACGUGUUGCAUCAUCAAGCCACAUGCCAUCUCCGAAGGCUUGACUGGGGGGAUCCUGGCCUCCAUCACUGCAGCAGGUUUUGAGAUCUCAGCCCUGCAGAUGUUCAGUGUGGAUAGAGCCAAUGCUGAAGAGUUCUUUGAAGUUUAUAAAGGGGUCGUGGAUGAGUACUCUAGUAUGGUGUCUGAGCUGUGCUCUGGACCCUGUAUGGCGCUGGAGAUUCGUGGAACGGAGGCCCCAAGGACAUUUCGGGAAUACUGCGGCCCUGCAGACCCUGAAAUUGCACGUCACCUCCGGCCCUCCACCUUGCGUGCCCAGUUUGGGAGAAACAAAGUGCAGAAUGCUGUACACUGUACAGACCUGCCAGAAGACGGCAUUUUGGAGGUGCAGUACUUCUUCAAAAUACUGGAUGGAUGAUUUAAAUAAAAUAACUAUGGCACAAC